CUAAAGCAAGAACAAGUUUCCAAUGGACCAGCGAUCCUCGUUUCCUGCAUUCAUCUGCCUCACUAUGCUCCGGGCAACACUAUCGACAGCAGGCCGAGCCUGCGUACGUCCACUGGCUAAUAAGAUUGCACUGCAGCGUGCAUCCAGACAGUUGGACUUUCAUCAUGGUCAAUGCCUGUGUUUACAGUUUUCCUUCUUGGUUCCUGCUCGUAGUUAUGGUACAGGAUCCACCCGUUCCUCGAAUCAAUUCACCUUUUCAACAAAGUAUCCACGGCAAAAGAAACUAGGUGGAAUCGGUAAGGGUAAGGGCAAAACAGCCAAGACAGCGAAAAGAAAGAGAGCAGGAAAGCAGACUAGAAUCCCCGGACUUGCACUCCCCCCACGACUACGAUUAGCCACUUUUAAACACGGCCAACCAAAGCAAGCUGCCGCUAAAAAACCGCCAAAGCCUGAGGUUAAGAGUGGCGGAAAAAUUGGAGAACGUCAAGCAACUGCUGUGCAAGUGGGCCGGCGAACACCUGGCCCACGACGACGCAUAGAAACUGCUCAAAGCAAACGAGCACAGCUCGCCAAAGAGGAGGAGGCCGCAAAGGUGGCUCGCCAUACGGCCAAAUUUGCUCUCGCGAGUACACAAUACGACACUGCCCGGCCAGAAUCAUUAGCUGUUCUUAAGGACCGCAUUCGCCAAAGUCGGUUUGAAACGAUGGGCCUGCGCCCAGAAAUUGUAAAAGCCCUUACGGAAGGCCUUGGGCAUGUUCGACCUACCGAGGUGCAAGCUCUCUGCAUUCCGCAAGCAUUGGAGAACCCUUAUAAUCCUAUUUUAUGCGCCGCGGAAACUGGUAGUGGAAAAACCUUGGCGUACCUCGUACCUGUGAUGAAUCAGUUAAAACAAGAAGAGGAGGAUUCGGCAUUGGCAGACAAAAGUCAAAGAGAGUCUUCCGUAGAUAUUAUCGAGGCAAUUACGGCAGAUGGAAGGACAGUGAGUGCCACCUCGGGUUUAUCAUCCAUCCGCAAGAUUCGUAGACCAAGGGCCGUUGUGAUCGUACCGUCACGAGAGCUGGUUGGACAAGUCACCAAAAUAGCAAAGGAAAUAAGCCAUAUCGCUCGUUUGCGAGUUGUUGGGGUGCAUUCUGCCAUUCCGCGACACGUGUCAGAGUCAAUGGUCGCCACCGCACCAGUAGAUGUUCUCAUUACGACACCUGGAGCGCUAAUACAUCUUAUGGAAUCUGAAGGGGUUUCUCUUUCACAAACUAGGCAUGUGGUGGUAGAUGAGGCAGACACUAUGUUCGAUGAGGGUUUUGGUUCAGAGCUAAAGAAAGUAUUGGCACCGGCACGAGCGUUUGCAUCGGAGCUGAAACGGCCGUGUCAAUUCGUCUUUGUUUCCGCUACUUUACCGCGCACAGUAGUACGGAUCUUAGAUCGCGACUUCCCCAACAUCACGCGUAUCACCACGCCAUCGUUGCACAGAACUUUACCGCGGCUGCGCCAGGCGUUCUUACGGAUUGAUGGUUCAACCACAAAGCAACAAAUGUGUUUGGAUGUAUUGAAGCGGGCAGUGGUUGAUGAUAGUCGAAUCAUCAUUUUCUGUAAUACCAGACGAAGCUGCGGGGACCUGGCGGAUUUCCUGAGGAGAAAGGAGUAUGAUGCUGUCGAUAUAUCUAGCACCGUUGAUGUGAAGGAGAGGACCAAGGCUUUGGCACGAUUUGCUCAAGCUCCGUCAAAGGGGGACGAAGAAGGUGACCAUGUCGGCAAACCUAUGAUUGCAGUCGCCACCGAUAUAGCAUCACGCGGGCUAGAUACGACAAAUGUUGGACAUGUGAUUUUAUAUGACUUUCCACAGACAGCCAUCGACUAUCUGCACCGGGUGGGGAGAACUGCACGAAAUGGUGCGAAGGGACGUGCGACAAGCAUCAUCGCAAAGAAAGAUCGGAAACUGGCGAUGAUGAUUGAACAGGCUGUUAAAAGAAAGACGGUCCUGACAUAGACGAAGCUGCUUUUUAUUUAAUUUUCUGUCAUCUAUAUAUUGCUGUAAAUACAUUGAAACAUCAGACCAGUA